GCUGGUGUGUGGCGGCGGGGAGAGUGGCGGUGUAGUGGUGGCGGGGCGGCGGGCUGGUGGUCAGUGUGGUGCUCGUCUCCCUCGUGGUAGCACGGCUGUUCAUCCCUCUAGUUCAUCUUGUGUGAGUGAACCCUCGGUAGUCAUGGCCAGCUCGAUGAGGGGCCGCGCAGCUCGCCUCUUGGAUACCCUGCUCAGCCAGGCGCUGCCCACCACACCUAGGACUAUAUCCCGGGCUCUCAGUGCUACCACAAUCUCUGGACUUAACCCAGGAUCUCGGCUGAUGACAGACUCGUAUUUAACGAGGGUGCGCGCGCUGGGGUGCGAGCAGUGCAGACAGGUGAGCAGCUCGAGGCGGGCGCUACAGCAGGUGCAGGAGCCGGGCCACGCUGACGCAGACACAGACCCUCACCCAGUCAUUCUCACCGACUACGAUCUCGUGCACAUGUUCUCCGAUAUAAAGGAUGAGCUGAAGUCUCACGCAGAGCUCUACGAGAUAGCCAAAUAUUACUUCGAUGGCCAAGGCAAGGCUGUGAGACCUAUGAUAACCCUUCUCAUGUCCCGGGCCAUCAACUCUCACCUCCACAACCAAGACAGAUUGUUCGACUCUCAGCGGCAAGUGGCCAAAGUGGCAGAGAUGAUUCACACGGCCUCCCUAGUGCACGACGACGUUCUCGACGCGUCCGACACCCGACGCGGCAAGCCCUCUGUCAACUCUCUCUACGGUCAGCGCAAGGCUGUAAUGGCUGGAGAUUAUAUCCUCUCUGUUGCCUCAACCAUGCUGGCCAGGAUACGAAAUGAGGAAGUCAUCGUUGUGCUCUCGCAGGUACUCAGUGACUUGGUUCAAGGAGAAUUCAUGCAGCUUGGCUCAAAGGAAAACGAAAAUGAAAGAUUUGCACACUAUCUUAAGAAAACUUUCAAGAAAACGGCAUCAUUGCUAGCAUACAGUUGCAAAGCUGUGGCACUCUUAUCUGGUGCUGAUGAAAAUCUACAAGAAGUCUCCUUCCAAUAUGGACGUAAUGUUGGAAUAGCCUUCCAACUUGUGGAUGAUUUGUUAGACUUUGUUUCAUCAUCAAAUAUGAUGGGCAAGCCAACAGCUACAGAUCUGAAACUAGGUUUAGCCACAGCACCUGUUCUUUUUGCAUGUGAAAAGUUCCCAGAGCUUAAUCCAAUGAUUAUGCGGAGAUUUCAAGAGCCAGGCGAUGUACAGAAAGCCUUUGAAUUUGUGCACAAGAGUGAUGGGUUGGAACAAACUCAAUUCUUAGCUCGUCAGCAUUGUGAAGAGGCUAUAAGAGUUAUUAGUACCCUAAAAGCUUCUAGUGAACAAAAAGCUCUCAUUACCAUAACGGACAAAGUGCUGAAUCGAAUGAAAUAAUACUUUCUUUGCUGCUCAUUAGACUUCAUUCUGCCAUCUACUGUAAACUUAGUGGCAGCUAUAAGCUCAGGAUUUUAAAGUCCCCUGAACUUGAUCAGAAAAUUGUGAUCCUGAUGCUACUGGCUUAGGUUGUCUAGUACCAUCAUGAACAGAGCCAUGAAUUCAGAAAUGGUUAGUGAUUGGAGCAAAUGUAUUGAAACUUGUUUUGGCAGAAAUGCACCAUAUUAAAUUUUUUGUUAAAUUUCAGUUUAUAAGAAGUUGCCAAAAAGUAAAAUAUUUUGGCUAAAUUUGAGAAAGGGAAAUUAAAUUUAUAUUAAUGUGAACCAAAUAUAUAUAUUGAGAUUUUGAAUUUCAAAAUUUCAUACAAAUUUUCAAUAAAGCCUUGGACCGGUGUAAAAAGCGGGCAUAUAUGCCAUUAGUAACCAAGAACAGUCAACAAGUGCCCUAGGUUUGAUGCUCAGCUACUGUAAGAUAUCAACUUUAUUUCAGGCAGAGACAAAUAUGACUUUGUACAGCACUACAAAUGACAGAUGAUUUAAAGAAAUUCUCUGUACACAGUGGAUGAGCCUCAUCUAUUGCAAACUAUUCCAGAUAAUUCUUUUACUUUGUGAUAGGGCUAAGGGCAUGUUGAGAUCAAGGUCUCCUAUAUUUUAAAAUUUUAAUUUCUUGUUAGCCAUGUGUGGGGGGUGGGUGGGGUUUGGCCAAUGCCCUAUUACUUCUGAGAAUUUUUUGGUUACUUGGCACUCAAAAUAUAUUUUGUAAUUAUGUGAUAGAGAAAGGUGUAAAUACUUUUUAUUGUAUUUUAUAAUAAUGAUGACUAAUGGUUUUAUGCUUAAUGAGCAUUUUAUGCUAAUAAAUUUUGCAGUAUUGUUGAGUAUUUAGUGUCAUGGUGGGUGGAUGGAUUGGUCAAACUUCAGGUCUUUUGUGCCUUAGUGGUAGCAGCUGGUGUUGCUGCUGUAAAUGGCCUGUUAAAAAAACCCAGUUCUGGAAACUAGUAAAUUUCUUCAUGCUGCUUUUAGUUGGUAGCAUGCGAUAGAUUUGCAACUAAAAGCGUGAUUUUUGUUACUAUAAAUGCUACAAGGAAGAUAGAGCAGGUUAUGAUUUAGCUUUGUAUAUUAUAGGCAACUUUAUUUUAAAAUGUUAAAAAAUCAAUAAAUGUUGCAAAACAGUAAAAUUAUUUUUUACUAUAGAUAGCAAAAUAAUAUAAUGCUCUUAUUCCUUCUGGUAGAAAUUGUUCUUGUACUCUUUACAUAAUCUUGAAGUCAUUUAUAUUCAGGCAAGCUUUCUUACUUUUGCCAAGGGCAUAUUCAAAGUUUCAUUGCAGUCCUGUACUUGCAAAGGUGAGGGCCUACAUGAUUAAAAUUUUACAUUGUUCAAUAAUUUUCCUUUUAUUGAAGCACGCCAUUAGUUUUCUAACCCUGUGACUCUUCGAUUGAAAUGAAGACAAAAUUGAAGCCUUGCAUAUUUCAAAUUAAGCAAAAUUACACAAGUAGUCUUGAGUUUUAAACUUCAUAUAGCAGGCUAAAUUUGCUUUCCCAGGAUGCUUGGAACAAAUGUGUAAUUGUAUCAUAAUUGCAAAACAUUAUUACUUUGACCAUCAUUCAAAUAGUUACAAGUGAACUAGAUACUGCAAUAAGCUUUAAUGUUGCCAAGUGUUAUUUGGCAUUUAUGUUUACUUUUCUAUUCUUUAACUUUGACAGUUUUUUAAUUUUGUGGCAUUCAUUCUUCAAAACUACAUAGGUCGGUGUCAAUUUUGGGGUCAUUGGAUCAAAGGUCACUUUAUGCAAGAAAUUUAGUUUGUACCCCUCAUCAUAAGCAGAUCACUGCUUGUGGAACAUUUAGUGGCAUUAUCAGCCGACAUUUAUAAUACUUGGUAGGGUCCUUCAUAUUACGUAAUUUUUUAAAGGUUAAAUUUUUGGCUAAUGAGAAGUUAGACAAGGUUUUAACUUUUAUAACUAGUUUGGGAAAUCUACUAUUGGUUUUCUCUUAAAGCCCAAUUGUUUGCAUACUGCCUGCUGUUCUCAAUUGCUCAAAGGAGGAAAUGUGUGGCAGCGCUUAGCUUGUAUUACAGUAUAUUCCUUGCCGACUGUAUACAUUUUUUUUCCUUUAGUUAUAACCAAUUGUUUAUUUUUUGAUUCCAUGAUGAGUACAUACUGUACAGUGAGUAAAGUUCUUUCAAAGAUACCUUAAAUUGGCAUUAGUGAAUAUUGUGUGUGAUAACAUUCACUGUGCACCGUCUUAAAUCGUUACUUAUCUUGGGUCACCAACCACCACCACCACCACCACCCACCCUACACGACAAUGUUGUUUUGGUACUGUCAGAAUUUUUGCCAAAUAUUAAAAUAGUCUUUACAGAAACUGUGGGCAUAUGCACAAGUGUAAAGUCAAAUUUUCCAAUCUGUGCACUCUUUAACGGUGAUGAAUACAUGGGUAAAGGCUGCAAGAGAUCAGAUUUUACAUUGGUUUAGGCUUUUCAUGUCUUAUGACUAUCAUAAAGCCCAAAUCUUUGUUCUUGAUCUGCAUUAGUGCUAUUAAAAUCUUAAGGCUUCAGCAUUUCCAAUAAUUUGGCAAUCAUUUUGUAUGGUACCAUCAUUUAUUAAAGUUUUAUUUUCCUAGACUUGGUAGAGGUUGUGGGACUAAUGUAAUAUUUCACUUGGCACGAAGCUUGGGCUGGUCAGUUAGUUUCCAAAGAAUUUCAGAAGACCCUUUCAAUGACUGGAGACAGUUACCAUAGCAUUAGUCCCAGGUCAUAAUGAUAUAAUCUAGACUCCCUCUAUACUAAACAGAAUGUUAAGAGGAAGUUUGUAAGCCAUGCUACUCCAUUCAUUUGAAUGACUACUAAAUUUUUUUUUUUUUUUUUUUUUUUUUUUUUUUUUUUUAUUAUAUACACCAUGGCAAUGAAAGUUAUAAUUGCAAAUGCUGAUGGAUACUUUUCUGAAUGUUCAUGUGUAAAACAAUUUUUUUUAUAUAUAUAUAUAAUAUAAAUAUUGCUUGCUCUAGUUUUAUAUAGUCACUAUUUGAACUUUAUUUUUUUUGUAAUUAAAUUGUUAGUUUUGGAAUGUCUUGCUGGCAUUUUUUUACGGUACAGAGAUCUAAUAAUGUAUGUAUAUUUUGCUAUUACUGUAAAUACAUAAUGUGAAUUGUCUAUAAAAAUCUUUUGAUUUUAAAAUUGCAGGUAUAAUUGAUACAUAAAAUCCCAUGGAUGAACCUACCUUUCUCAAGUGUCCGAUUGGGAAACUAAAUAUUGUGCAAAAAUGUACUCGUCACAAAGUGCAAUUUUUGCACAUUAGUUUUUAUAGUGCGUUACCAUCAUUUGGUCCAUGUAAUAGGUAUUACUUCUGAUAAAAAUUUUAAGCAAAAAUAAUUUGGACAACUGCCAUAGACUGAUUAGAGCUUUGGAUAUUAAAAAACAUAUAUACACACUAGUUUUGUAAACCAAAACAAAUUUAAUUGCAAAAGUAAUGAAUUCUUCCAUUGUACUGUAUACAAUAUAAUUGCUUUACUAGAGAAGAGCCUUCAUGCUAGCCUUGGUAGGCAAAGUGGUUGAGUAAACACUACACACUACUGGAAUAGACUUCUCAAAAUGAUUGCAUUUCUUAAGAACCUCCAGAAUACUUUCUCUAGAAUUUUAGUAUAAAACAAAAGUUCUUUUAAAUUUAAAGCUAAUAAUACUGCAUAGAUUUCAAAUGUGAUGGAAAUCUUAUUUUUAGUAAAUAUUUCAUAAGCUUGUGCAACAUCCGUACAGUUAUAUAAAUGAACACUAUUUUACCAAUUGCCGUAGUUGCAACACAUAAAAAAAAAAUUAUAAAAUUGAACUGUUAAGUUUUCAUAUUUUUAUGGAGCCUAAAUACAGUCGACAUGUACAGGUAUGGAAUUUGGGAAUGUGAAUACUCAUGUUACGAAAGUUUUUGUAUCCAUUCAUAUACUCAAAUUUUAAAUGCUCGCAUGCACAUAUGUGGCCACUAUUGUAAUCACACAAAUUUGCAAAUAUAUGGACAAAAAAUAUACUAUAUAAAAAAGCAAUUAUUGUAUUUUGUUAGGUUCCCUCUUGAUAAUUCAUGAUAUACCCAGUGAUUUUCAUUUAAAAUAGGAACAUGAUUUCACUUUUUUUUUUGUUCUAGAUUAACUAGAUUUUUCUUCAAUUCUGUAUUAUACUAGAUUCAUAUAAAAAUAUAAUUUAGCACUGUACAUAAUUUUUUUCAAUUAAAUAUUCAAAGCUGCUGUGAAAAAUAUUAGUAUUAAUAAAAAACUUGGACAGCCAGUCACUUCUUGGAGGUCUGGCCCAUGUCAAGUACCAUAUGUUAAACCUGGCCAGCCAAGCCUUGUGCAACAAUGAAACUUUUUAAUAAAAUUAUAUUUUUUA